UCUAGACAACACGAUCAUCAUUCAACAAUUCCCAAGUCUAACUUCUGAUCCAACGAAUUUCAUUCUAUGAAGUGUUACUUUUCAAAAAGAAUUUCAAUAUGAAAAAAAACAAACAAAGCAUUUACAUCAAAAUCUUUUCUCCCAUUUCAGAAAAAUGGCGCGAACUGGAAAAGAAAGUAAGGCCAAGCAGAAGAAAGCUGAGCGGAAAGCUAUGGAGAAGAAAAUGAAUGCUGGAUUUGCCAAUGUUAAACUUGCUAAUGAACAGGAAGAUCCUCUGUCUGCCCUUCCUUCUCUUACUUCAUACAAUAAGAACGGUCUGGAUCUAAAACUGGAAACAUUGAGAGGCCCUGAAAUCGAUGAGAAGACUAUGGAAUGGGCAUUCAAACUGAUGGAGACAAAUAUGAAAGCACUGUAUGAGUCCUGUUACCAGGGUAAGGAUCCUGACCUGUGUUGGAAUGAGAGCAGGAAACGGGACGAGCUGACCGAUCCCCGGGCCUGGUUCCUCAUUGCUAAAUCAGCUGAGGGAACUCCAGCUGCUUUCGCGCAUUUUAGGUACGAUAUGGAUUAUGAUGAUGAAGUUGUCUAUUGUUACGAGAUUCAGGUUGAACCUGGAUUUCGGAGAAAGGGUUUGGGAAAGUUUAUGCUAAAGGUUCUUGAACUGUUGAUGAUCAAGGCAGAUAUGCUGAAGAUAAUGGCAACAAUAUUUAAGAAUGAUGAACCAGAGGUUUCCUUUUUCAAGAACUGUUUGAAGUUUGAAACUGACGAAACCUCUCCUCUUGACGAUGUUUACGAAACAUUCCAAUAUGAGAUAGUCUCUAGAUUUAACCUGAAGAAGAAACGUGAGAUGGAAGCUAAAGAAAAUUCUGAAAAUAAACCGAUCAAUUGAUUCCAGAGAAUAAUUUUAAACACUUCGAUCUGAUCAAAUUAGUAUCAAUGCCAGGCACAUGAUUAUAUAAACUGUAUCUAAAUAUUGACAAUUAAUUCAUUUUAGAUAAAAGCUGGAAUUUUUUUUUCUACAAAGAAUACGUCGCAUUUAAUUAAAUCCUCGAUAGGUCUGUAAUGAAAGCCUAGUACAAAUGGAAAAUAUACGCUUAAUAUUGUACCUAAAUAAAUGUAUAAUAAUUAAA